AAGAUAAUGAAUAAGACCAACUUGAAUGUAAAAAAUUAGCGGAUUGGGGGGUAAAACUCUCUCUCUUUGGUUCCUUCGUGUCUCUCUCUAAUCUCAUAUCUUCAAACUUGGCCGUCGAUUCACCGGAGUCAAUGGCAUCCACUCUAACCUACUGGCUCGUAAACCACCCCAACAUCGCCAAUUUCACUUGGAUCCAAGGUCAAACCCUUGGCUCCACCGUCUUCUUCGUCUCCGUCGUUGUCUCCGUUUACCUCUCCGCCACGUUCCUCCUCCGAUCCGCCAUCAGUUCCCUCCCAUCGCUCAGUCCCCGCAUCCUCAAACCAAUCACAGCCUUCCACAGCCUCAUCCUCUGUCUCCUCUCCUUAAUCAUGGCCGUCGGUUGCACUCUCUCGAUGCUCGCCUCGUCUCACGCUCCUUCAGAUCCGUCCUCGCGUUUCCUCCGCGCGAUUUGUUUCCCCGUCGACGUCAAACCUAGCGGGCCUCUUUUCUUCUGGGCUCAAGUCUUCUACCUCUCCAAGAUCCUCGAGUUCGGAGACACCAUCCUCAUCCUUCUCGGCAAAUCAAUCCAGCGGCUCUCCUUCCUCCACGUCUACCACCACGCCACCGUCGUCGUCAUGUGUUAUCUCUGGCUCCGGACUCGCCAGUCUAUGUUUCCGGUCGCGCUCGUGACGAAUUCGACUGUACACGUCAUCAUGUACGGUUACUACUUCCUCUGCGCCGUCGGGUCCAGGCCUAAGUGGAAGAGGUUGGUGACGGAUUGUCAGAUUGUCCAGUUCGUUUUCAGUUUCGGAUUAUCCGGUUGGAUGCUCCGACAACAUUUGUUCGGGUCGGGUUGCUCCGGGAUUUGGGGAUGGUGUUUCAACGCUGCGUUUAAUGCUUCUCUUUUGGCUCUCUUUUCCAACUUCCAUUCUAACAACUAUGCCAAGAAGACGACUGAGAACGACGUCGCCCGAAAAAAGCGAUUAGAUUAAUUUUCAUUUCAACACAAGUAAUCCCUUUUUCAAUUGUUAAUUAGUUUCCCCACACAAAAGAUUAAUCGUUUUUUGAAUUUAUUGAUUUGUUUCUUUUCGUUACUGGAACACUUUGAAAUUGUU